AUGCUCCUGCUCUGCCAGAACUACCGGGGCUCCACUCCCCAUAUUGCAAGGAAGGUUUCUGUCCUGCCAUUGGUGUCUGUGGUGCUUUGGGGUAUCCUUGUAGGGGCUGGUCCCUUCCCCUGUCCAGCCUGGGGGACAGAAACCUUCACCUUGGGAGUGCUGGGUCCUUGGGACUGUGACCCCAUCUUUGCCCAGGCCCUGCCUGGAGUGGCUGCCCAGCUGGCUGUGGACAGAGCCCACCAAGACCCCUCGCUGCUGCUGGGCUUACACCUGGCUCCGGUGGUACUCCCCACAGGCUGUGACACUCCCCGUGCCCUGACCACAUUCCUGACCCACAGGAAUUCUGCAGCUGCCUUUGUGGGUCCUGCCAAUCCUGAGUACUGCCCAGCGGCAGCCCUGCUGGCCCAAGGCUGGGGCAAAACUCUCUUUUCCUGGGCAUGUGGGCCCCCAGAGAGAGCCCACCCUGCCCACCUGGUGCCCACCCUGCCUCCUGCUGCCCACGUGCUGCUGCAUAUCCUGAGAUACUUCAGUUGGGCUCGUUUGGCCAUUGUGUCAUCCCACCAGGACAUCUGGGUGGCCACUGCCCGGCAGCUGGCCACAACCUUCAGGACACAUGGGCUGCCCGUGGAGCUGGUGACUGCUCUGGGACCUGGGGACCAGGGGACCAUGGAAGUUGUGGAGCAGCUCAGGGGUGUGCACGGCCUGAAAGUCGUGGUGCUGUGCAUGCAUUCGGCGCUACUGGGAGGUGCGGAGCAGAGCGUGCUGCUUGGUCACAUGGGGGAUGCAGGCCUGGCCGACGGCAGGCUGGUCUUUCUGCCCUACGACACGCUGCUCUUUGCCCUGCCCCACCGCAACCGCUCCUACACGGCCCUCACAGCCCAUGGGCCCCUGCGAAAGGCCUACGAUGCCGUGCUCACCGUAACUCUGGAAUCUGGCUCCACAGAAGAGGCCCUCGCUGCUGCGCACCUAGAGCCGGAGCAGGUGUCACCACUCUUCGGAGCCAUCUACGAUGCUGUUGUCCUCCUAAUCCACGCCUUGAACCGCUCUCAGGGCCGUGAGCCACGACUCUUAGGGGCUCACUUAGGGGAUUACACAGGAGCUCUGGAUGUGGCUGGCUUCAGCCAGAGAAUCCGGACAGACAAGAAGGGCCAGAGGCUGGUCCAGUACAUCAUCCUGGACACAGAUGGUCAGGGGAGCCAGCUGGUCCCAACCCACAUCCUGGACACAGGCAAAUGGGAGGUGCAGUCCCUGGGCAGGACCAUACACUUUCCAGGAGGGGCCCCUCCAUCCCGUGACUCCAGCUGCUGGUUUGACCCCAAUAUGCUAUGCAUGAGAGGUGCACACACCCUGGGCAGUCUCCCCACUCUGGUGCUGGUCUGUGUCCUGCUGCUGGCCACCGGGGUCCUUGCUUACCUCAUCAGAUGGGGUAUCCAGCGGCUGGCAAAGGGGCCUCACCAGAUCCUGCUUCCUGCCCAGGAAUUCACCUUUCUCCAUCAGCCACCACCGGGCAGGCAGAGGUCUCACAUGGACAGUGAGAGUGAAUCAAGAAGCAUGGCAGAUGGUGACAGCCUGAGAUCGGCACCCCACGGAUCAGCAGGGAACCUACUGGUCCCCCAGGAGCCCACCAAUGUGGCCCUGUACCAGGGAGAAUGGGUCUGGUUGAAGAUGUUGGAAGUAGACACAACCUCUGAGCUGCGCCCCCGCACCCUCAGCCUCCUGAGAAAGAUGCAGGAGCUGAGACAUGAGAAUGUUGCUGCCUGUCUGGGCUUGCUCGUGACCUCUGGAGUCAGUGCUGUGGUGCUGGAACACUGUGCCAGGGGCAGCCUGGAGGACCUGUUGCAGAACAAGACCCUGCGGUUGGACUGGACCUUCAAGGCCUCCCUGCUGCUGGAUUUGAUCCGUGGCAUGCAGUACCUGCACCAUCGACACUUCCCUCAUGGCCGCCUCAAGUCCAGAAACUGUGUGGUGGAUGGGCGUUUUGUGCUCAAGGUCACUGAUCAUGGCUAUGCAGAGCUCCUGGACGCUCAACAGGCUCCGCAACCCCAGCCAGCCCCAGAAGAGCUGCUGUGGACAGCUCCUGAGCUGCUGCGGAGGCCUGGGGGCCCUGGACGGGGCACCCUCCAAGGGGACGUCUUCAGCAUGGGCAUCAUCCUGCACGAGGUCCUGACUCAGGGCCCACCCUACCGCUCCUUGGGGAUCUCGGCAGCAGAAAUCAUCAGGAAGGUGGCAAGUCCUCCUCCCCUGUGCCGGCCACUGGUGUCCCCCGAGCAGGGCUGGCCCGAGUGCAUCCAGCUGAUGAAGCAGUGCUUGGAGGAGGCCCCAGAGGACAGGCCAAGCCUGGAUCAGAUCCACAGCGAGUUCAAAAGCCUCACCCGAGGCAAGAAGAGUGGCACGGCGGACUGCCUGCUGCAGAUGCUGGAGAAAUACUCACGGGACCUGGAGGGCCUGGUCCUGGAGCGCACCCAGGAGCUGCAGCUGGAGCGCCAGCGGACAGAGCGGCUGCUCGCACAGAUGCUGCCUCCGUCUGUGGCCAGAGCCCUGAAGAUGGGGCAGACCGUGGAGCCGGAGUAUUUUGACCAGGUUACCAUCUAUUUCAGCGAUAUUGUGGGUUUCACUACCAUCGCAGCUCUGAGUGAGCCCAUGGAGGUGGUGGCCUUGCUCAACGACCUCUACACACUGUUCGAUGCCAUUCUAGGCAACCACAAUGUGUACAAGGUGGAGACCAUCGGAGACGCCUACAUGGUGGUGUCGGGGCUGCCUCAGCGCAACGGAAGCCGGCACGCAGCCGAGAUCGCCAACAUGGCCCUGGACAUCCUCAGCUCUGCGGGCGACUUCCACAUGAGGCACGCGCCUGGUGUGCCUGUGUACAUCAGGGCUGGCCUGCACUCAGGGCCCUGUGUGGCAGGGGUCGUUGGUCUCACCAUGCCUCGGUACUGCCUCUUUGGGGACACAGUCAACACUGCCUCCCGGAUGGAGACCACGGGACUGCCCUAUAGAAUCCACAUCAGCCUCAGCGCUGCUCAAACCCUGCUCAGCCUGGAUGAGGGCUAUCAGGUCGACCUCAGGGGCCCGACCGAGCUGAAGGGGAAGGGUGUGCAAGAGACCUACUGGCUGACCGGCAAGGCUGGCUUCACCAGGCCUCUCCCUGCCCUUCUGGACAUCCAGCCUGGGGACCCCUGGCAGCAAUUCAUAAACCAAGAAAUCAGGGCAGCCUUUGCCAAAGCCCACCAAGGCACUGCUGGGACCCAGAGCUCAGGGAAGGCACUGACCACACCCUGA